UGGAUAUAUAAGACACAUUCUGUCUUUAGAGAAGCUACAUUAGCAUCAGCAUCCUUAAGGAGAACGCUUAGAGAUUAGACCGUUUUUAGAAAUACGUAAAAAGACCACCAUGGCGAAGAUUUUAUAUGUUUUGGGCUUCUUGCUUACAGUUGCAACAUACCAGGUAUACUCCCAAAGCUGUCACAUGAGAGAGCUAGAUGUGUGCGCUGCCAGCUUACUCGUCAACCAAGAAGACAAUAUUGCUCAAACUGAGGCAGAACUGGACACUCAGUGCGCCACAAUUCGCGACGUACAGCACUGUAUCCAGAAUUACACUCAAAAUUGCAUGACUGCUGUCCAACGGGAACUAAUGGGAUUCUUCAGUGAAGGCUCUGAAAGGCUAUUAGAGGAUUACUGUACUUCAGGCACAGACGUCAGGAAGAGAUACUUGGAGAAUUCUGCUUGCCUCAGCGAAGCUAACAAAGAAACAAGACAUUGCCUUACAGAUCUGAGAAAUGGCUUGGAGGUGAUUGGAACAUCUGAGUUUGAUAAACGUGUUCCAACAGCCUGUUGCUCAUACCAGAGAUACAUGGAGUGUGUUGAGAAAACAGUUGAAGACAAAUGUGGAGCAGACUCUGUCACUUUCUUGCAAGAACUCUUAAGAACUGCUGUGUCACGUCUUCCUGACAUUGUAUGUACCGGUUACAGUCCCGAGAGCGAAGAAUGUGUCAAGGUACUGCCAGAACCUGGCCAAGAACCAUCUGGUAGUUCUUCAUCUCCGUUGUCUCGCCUUUUUGAUGCUUAUUUCCAAAAUUUGGACUAAAAUGAAACCAAAGAGAAAAAAAAAGAACAGAAAACAUCGUCUACUAUCUACGCUACAUAAAGACGGUGGUUUCUUAGCUAUAAACAUACUACAACAUUUUAUUGAAUAUAGUAACAGUAGUAGACAAAUGUCAUUUACACUAGAGAUAAGAAACUGUUUCUGGUCAGAUUAGAUAGUUUUCGUUUCUACCUUUUUGAACCUACUGACUUUAUGUUUUAUAUUUUUCAACCUGAUUCACACGUGGUUGAAAAAUUGCGAUGUAACCUGAAUUUGUUUUUCAAUUUUUUUCUCUUUUUUUUUAAGACAAGUAAAAUCUAUUUACUUCAUGAAAA